AACUCAGCCCAGAAGGCAUCAGUUCCGCACAGUUGAUCCAGCGCUUCUACAGUCAUGGCCUUCAAGUUCGUCACCCUCUUCGCCCUCGUGGCCGCCGCCAACGCCGGAUUUCUGGCCCCCGCCCCCCAGGGCUACCACGCGGCCCCCGCCUACGGCUAUGCUGCACCAAGUUACGGUUAUGCGGCUCCUCUCGCCAAGGCCGUCGUCACCAAGACCGUCGACGCCGACUACGACCCGAACCCCCAGUACAGCUACUCCUACGACGUCCAGGACUCGCUAACCGGGGACAACAAGGAGCAGCACGAGACCCGCGACGGAGACGUCGUCCACGGUGGAUACUCGCUCAUCGAAGCUGACGGAACCCGCCGCAUCGUCGACUACACCGCCGACCCCGUUAACGGAUUCAACGCCGUCGUCCGCAAAGAGGGCGCUGCCGUCGCCGUCAAGACCGUCGCUGCCCCCGUCGUGGCCAAGUACGCCGCCCCCAUUGCCCACGCUCCACUCGCCUACGCGGCCCCCAUCGCCAAGUACGCCGCCCCCCUGGCUUACUCUGCCUACGCCGCCCCCGCCUACGGCUACUACCACUAAGCCCUUCACCAUUCGACGAACUAUUUAUUAAUUGGAAUAAAAUCACACGUUCUUAGAAAUGU